UGUCUAACUUCCUAUCUUUCUAUGAUGAGUCCACAUGUGUAUCUAGUGGCUGGUUGUUUUGCACGUUUUCAUAAAAAAAAUUAAUUAAUUAAUGAAAAUAAAGUGAUUAAUAAUAAUUUAAUGAUACAGAAAGAUAGUUGUUAUUAAUAUCUUUAACAUGGCAAAAUUAUCUGUUUUGUACGAGCACGCAGCUGGCUAUGCAGUGUUUGCUGUCAAAGAAUUCGAAGAAGUGGGCAUGCUUUUACCCCAAGUGGAGGCUUCAGUCACAGAUCUAUCAAGAUUCAAUGGAAUAAUCAAGCUAACUGGCUUUUCUCCAUUUAAAAAUGCUCUAGCGGCCUUAGAAAGUAUCAACAGCAUAUCUGAAGGUGUCCUUCCAGAGGAUCUAAAAUUCUUUUUAGACUCCUGUAUCCCCAAAAAAAGCUCCAAGUAUAUUCUUGGAGUGUCAGAUCCAAAGUUAGGCGCUUCUAUAACCGAAGCUUUGGGCAUAAAAUGUGAUCAUACGGGUGUCGUUCCUGAACUAAUUCGCGGCAUUCGUUUCCAUUUUGCCAAUCUGGUAAAAGGUUUCACUCCAAAAAGUUCAGCAGUUGCUCAAUUGGGUCUUGGUCACAGCUAUUCACGUGCUAAAGUCAAGUUUAAUGUUCAUCGUGUUGAUAACAUGAUCAUUCAAAGUAUUGCAUUGUUGGACCAACUUGACAAAGACAUUAACACAUUCAGUAUGAGAAUUCGAGAAUGGUACAGUUAUCAUUUCCCGGAGUUAAUGAAAAUUGUUCCUGAGAAUUAUAUGUAUGCCAAGGUGACCAAGUUCAUCAAAAAUAGGAAGACUUUGAAUGAAGAAAAAUUAGAAGGCUUGGAAGAAAUUGUCAUGGAUAGUGCGAAAGCUCAAGCCAUUAUUGAUGCAUCAAAGUCAUCAAUGGGUAUGGACAUCAGUCCAGUGGAUUUGAUCAACAUUGAAAUGUUUGCUAGUCGGGUGAUAGCUUUGGCUGAUUACCGAAAACAAUUGGCAGAAUAUUUGCGAUCCAAAAUGGCAGGUGUGGCGCCGAAUUUAGCCGCUUUAAUUGGAGAUCAAGUUGGUGCUAGGUUGAUAGCUCAUGCUGGAUCGUUGACAAACCUUGCAAAGUAUCCAGCAUCUACUGUACAAAUCUUAGGAGCUGAAAAAGCUUUGUUUAGAGCCUUAAAAACUCGUGGUAACACACCUAAGUAUGGAUUACUUUUCCACUCGACGUUUAUUGGCCGUGCCGGUGCUAAAAAUAAAGGCCGGAUUUCAAGAUAUUUGGCGAACAAAUGCUCGAUAGCUUCGAGAAUUGAUUGUUUUGCUGAUGUACCCGUGAAAAUUUUUGGUGAAAUGUUAAAGCAACAGGUGGAGGAUCGGCUUAAGUUCUACGAGACUGGAGAUAUUCCUAAGAAGAAUAUUGAAGUUAUGAAGGAAGCAUUGGAAGAAGCAAAGAAAGUUAUGAAAACAGGACCAAGUAAUGGAAUUGGAUUUGAGGAGAUCAACGGUAAUGUGGAAGAAAGUGAGACGAAGAAAAAGAAGAAAAAAAAGGGAAAGAAAAGAAAAAUUGAUGAGAUCAAUGGAGACGGCAAUGGCAUCUCUGAAGAUGGCGUUAAUGGUGUUGAAGAAAAUGGUGAUGCUGAAGCGCCUAAAAAGAAAAAGAAGAAGAAGAAAAAGUCUGAAGCUGAUGAUGAAUAAAUUUCGUCUUGAAAAUAAAAAAACAUUUUAAUCGAACUGACAUUGUAAAUUUUGUUUACAUUAUAUUUUUCUACAGGUUCGAUAUUUAAUUAAUCAAUAAUUAAAAUAUUCUGUUUUUUUUCUACUUUUUUGUAAAUAUUGUCAAAUGUAUACAUAGUUUGUUAAUUAUGUAUGCAGUUUUCAUGCCUAUUUUACCGAAUAAUGAAUACUUAAUGGCGAAAUGAUAAGUUAGUUAGGUUACAUUUAUCA